GCGAGGAUCGCGGAGCACUUGAUGCGCUGUUUCGGGGAGCUGACGCAGCACCGAGGCAGGCAGGCCGCCUGGCUGGCCGCAGCCUCGGCGAGGGCGCUGGCCGAGGGCGCGGCCGCGGCUGGCGGCGGACCUGGCGGGGGCGAGACGCCGCCCGAAGCGCGCGCGGAGGCGCUGGCCCAAGAGGCUUUGGCAGCCGCCCGCGGGCCAGGGCCAGUGCAAGACUUGCCGGAGUGGCUGCGGCAGGAGCCCGCGCCUCCGCAGCAGGCGGAGGCGGAGGCCGAGCCCACCUACGCGGAGGCGCAGGAGCUGGCCGCGGCGGCGCUGACGGAGGCUCUGCCCGAGACCGCGGCGGCGAGUCUGGAGCAGGCGCGGCUGCGGCGCAGAGAGGCCGAGCGCCGGGAGGGGGGCCCCCGCGAGCGCGAAGCCUUCAACGAGAAGGUGGAGGGCCAUGUGCAGGCGAGCCGACGGGCGCAGGCCACAGCCGACGCGGGGCGUUUCCUGCGGCCGCGCGCGGGCCUGGCCCAGCGGGAGCCGCAGACCGCGGCGGAG